ACCUUUAUUGUGGUGAGCUGUCGCUUUAAGAAGCCUUUCACUGCGCAGAGGCGCUACGGCAGCUCAUCACAUGAUUCUUCUCUUGUGACAAGCCAGACAGGAAAAGCCUUUCUGACUUCUGGCUGAGUUAUAAGAUACUGCGAUGAGAGAUAACUUCUGCUUCGGUACCGAAGGACCAACUGUAAAGGGGGAAAUGAAGUUAAGUUAAUCAAUACCAGACUGAUUCAGACCAUUCCUGUGUGGUAAGUAACGUUUGGGGGUUUUGCGCCACCGGGGACACAGUGCGCAUGGAGAGGGACGAAGUUUCCUUUUGGUGCAGCAUUUUCCCUUUGUUUUCUUUGUUUUUGUCGCCACUGCGUGUCAACCAACGUCGCACGGCUUUUUGGGCAACAAGACACAAGUAGCCGGAGUUCAGUUUUGACCCUGUGUGUUACCGAAGAAUCGAGUUAAGAGCAGAGGAAGACACAACUUGAGGACGCGUUACGUCGGGUGAGAUGGUGGACAACAAACCCCUUCUUCAGGACAAACCUCCUGCUUACAACGCCGUCCCCAGGGGUUAUGAGUACGGCCCGCAGCAGCAAGGCUAUGGGGCCAUCGCCCCUCAGGCCCCGCCGCCCUACCAGUACCCCGGUGGCCAAGGAUACCCACCAGCCCCUGUGGGCCCUGCUGUAUCCCAGCAGCCCUACACUGAGACUUACACCAUCAUCCAACCCUCUGUAGUGGUGGUGGGAGGCUGCCCUGCCUGCAGAGUUGGUGUCCUGGAGGAUGACUUCACUUGCCUGGGGAUCCUUUGUGCCAUCUUCUUCUUCCCCCUGGGUAUCCUCUUCUGCUUUGCGCUGCGUCAGAGAAGGUGUCCCAACUGUGGCGCCACCUUCGGCUAGAGGGACCAAGCCACAGCUCACGUGUGUGUGUGUGUGUGUGUGUUCCCAUACAUACACACAAACUCACAUACAGCUACAGACAUAAUCCAGCAUUUUUGUCUUUUGUUUCUUUUCUUAAUAUUGCACAUUGCUGUUGCCAUUAUGUUAAUGCACAACGGGUGAUUAAGAUAUUAUACGAGAUGCUAUUAGAGGCACGUAAAAAUCUAUUUUGAUCUGCUUGUUGAGGAUAUAUUCUAGCAUGUGUAAGUGUUGAGCGUUUGUCAGUGCCUUCACUACAUGCUGAGUGGUAUUCAAAGAUUCCAUCUGGAUUUUUUUUUUUUUUUUUUUGUAGAUUUAGCUCAGUUGUCAAAGGAUAUAAGCAAAUUCCUUCCUGUUUUGUCAAGCCAGAAUCAAACCACAUGUAAUUUUUUUUUUAAUUAACACUGUGCUUGGUAACUUAGCAACAGCAUCCUGUAGAUGUAUUUGAUUUUUCAGGAAAUUCAAACUUUUUUUUUUUUUUUUUUUGGCUGUGUACGUCACAUGGAAUAACACGGCAUGUUUAAAAACUGUUGUGUAAGGAACGCUGGACAUGAACUGUCUGUCAAACUAUGGACUCGUCAGACAAAGUCUGCAGCAUUUUCUCUGUUUUUGUUGAUAUUAGUUCAUGGGGCCAUAUUUGCACUGAACAUUUGUUUGAUUAUUCUGCUGGGUUGUGCUUUUCCAGGGCCAAUGCAGACCUCAGGUACAAUAUAUACAAUCUGAAACGCCCUCGACUUUACAACCUCAGUCACUGUUCGACUUCCUACUUUAAGAGGAACAAGUGCAGACUCUUCCUUUCAUGGUUGGAGUGUCACUUCAAAGAAGCAUGCUGAGAGCAAACGCUGAAGAAAUCUAUGUGUAUACUCUCUGGAUUUUUAUCUUAGUACUCUGUGACAAGUCACCCUGCCCCAUUUGUUCCAGCCAGACAAUCGAUCAAGAAUGUCUUUGUCCCUGUAUCUGCAGUGUUUCCAUGUCAGUCUUCCAUCACUGCAACAUGUUAUAUAACCAUCUGUGGCAGAAGAAAGAAAUAUAACUGAGUGGGAGUAAUAACAAAAAUCUUCUUGCUUUAGAGAACACACUACGCACGCUUACUGUAUAUGAUUGAGGUUCUUACUUUUAUAUCAGUUACUGUAAUUAAAAAUGAAUGCUACUUAAGGGCUUGACCGCUUCUUUGAUCUGAUUUUCACACAGCGCCUGUAAAUGAGCUGAAAUAUACUGUUACUUUUGAUAUAAACAAAGGAAUGCAUGACAAGCUAAAAUUGAAGAAAUCUUUAUUUUUCAUACAGAAGUUUUAUUAAAGGUGCAAUGUGGACCAGAGAUGACCAAAAAAAAAAAAGCCUGGUCUUAAAAUGCCAUGUGUAAUGAUUAAAGCAGAACCGAUUGCACUGUAUAUGUGAAGAUGAGGUGAUUGUCAUAACUCAUGUCCACAGGUAAAUAAUUUACAGUUGGUACCGUUAUGUGUCAUAAAGGCAAAGGUCUCUCCACUAUCAUCUAGCUCUACAGAAAGUGAAGUUAGUUGGUAACGGACAAUAUUCAUAGCAUUUAUACAAAUUAAUCUACAAGACAGAAUGAAGGAUAAAGAUCACGUGUUUGUGUUUUUGGAUCCAUCUCUUUAAAUGCUUGAAUUAUUUUUCUCCUCAUGACAAAGAAAAGCACUUUAGCAUUGACACUGAGUUGCACCUUUUGUAAAGACCUGCAGGUGAAGUACAGAGGUCCUCUACAGUACAUUCUUCUACUGUCCUAUGGCAACAAAA